AUGGAUCAAAAUCCUACAACUCCAGGGGGAGACGGGAGCAAUAACCGAAUACCGAUUGGAGAUUAUUACCAAACUCAACAACUCGGAGACGAUGAUGAUGCUUAUGAUGAUGAUGAUGAAGAUGAAGCGGACCAAGGUGGAAAAGGUAAAGAUAAGAUACUAAAAGAAAGGUGGGGACAUGAUGAGGAUAUAGCAUUGGUCUCCGGAUACCUUAAUUGUGGUGGUGAUCCAUUAGUGGGAACAGAUCAGUCAAAGGCAAAGCUUUGGAAAGAAAUCAAGCGCAUCUACGAUGUUGAAGUGGUAAAAAAACCAUCACUCAUCCACCCAAGGACCAUGAAGUCAAUUAAAGCGCAUUGGAGAACCAUCAACCGACUCGUGACUUUGUGGGUAUCGCAACUCGGUGAAGCCGAGCGAAUGAAAUCAAGUGGAAUGGCUAUUACGGAUGUAGAGGCUAAAGCUCAUGAACUAUACCAACAAAAACAAAAUAAAAGCUUUCAAAUUGUACCAUUGUUGGAUGGGAAUGAGACACCUUUCAAGAUGGCAACCCGGAUACGAUUCAACUGUUGUGAGUCAAUCAAGUUCAAAAAGUCGCUGCGAAAGACAAUUUUUCAACAACUACCAGACGCAACUGGGAAGCUAGGUGCCUCCACUCAUCAGAAAUGCACAGCAGCAUUGAGGUGUCUAGCAUAUGGAUCAGCAUCUGACGCAGUCGACGAGUACAUCAAAAUUGCCGAAUCAACAGCAAAGGAGUGCCUUGUGCACUUUGUGCAAGGAAUUCGAAAAGCUUUUACGACCGAGUACUUAAGGAGGCCUACAGUAACCGACUUGCAACGCCUCUUACGUGACGGGGAAAGGCGGGGUUUUCCUGGAAUGAUGGGCAGCAUAGAUUGCAUGCAUUGGCAAUGGAAAAAUUGCCCACGAGCAUGGAAAGGGUUGUAUCAAGGUAGUCCAAAUCUGAACGGAAGAGCUCCUGAGGUCACAUUUAAUGUGAAUGGUAAUACCUAUAAUAGGGGAUAUUACCUAACAGAUGGGAUCUACCCUAAAUGGGCAGUGUUCAUGCCAGCAAUUCGACUCCCACUAUCUCCCGUCGAUGAGUUGUUCACCAAACGUCAAGAAUCAGUUCGGAAAGACGUCGAACGUGCGUUUGGGGUUUUACAAGCACGCUUUGCAAUAAUACAAAGGCCAUCACUCAUUUGGGAUGAACACUUAAUGUGGGAAAUAAUGCUGGCGUGUAUCAUUCUUCACAAUAUGAUUGUCGAGGAUGAACGGGAUACAUAUCUAAAUUAUCAAGACGCAUCAGACUUUGAACAAGAAAAUGCCUCGGUUGCUAGUACUUCGUCUAGCCAUAGGCUUGAAACAUAUUUUGUUCAACCUGGUCGCUACAAUGAUAUAGGGAUGCAACAAUAUUUGCAAAGAAGAGCUGAUGCGUGGGAUAGAGAUGUUCACAACUCCUUACAAAAGGACUUGGCUGAACACAUUUGGCACAAUUGUCGCCAAUCAACCAAUGAUGAGUGA